AUGGUUCCAGAUUACAAAUGUGACAUGCUGGACCCUCUUCUCUCUGUCAUCAGAGAUCUCAAGACCAAAUCCUCAAAGCAGAUGGCCUCCAUCUUCAGCAUCUUCAAGGUCCCACAGUGGAACUGGGUUGGUCUUCUGGCCCCUGAAGAUGACAGUGGAGAGCAUUUCAUCUCAACUCUGAUGCCAAUGCUCAAGGAGAAGGAGAUCUGCCCGGCCUUGACUAAAAUGUUAAAUACUGAUAUUCUUAAUACGGUCUUUGGCUGCAAGAUCCACAAACCAGGAGAGAUCCCUCAAAAGGGGAAAAAACCCUGUACGGGAAAGGAGAAUAUACGGACUCUGCCAUCUUACACAUUUGAAGUGAGCAUGAUGGUGAAAGUUGGGCAAAUAGACCCCCGGGCUCCCCCCGACAAGGAUUUCACCAUCGACCUGGAUGCAAUUAUCUGGGCCACAAAACAAAGAUUCUUGUUUUCAGAUGCAGUUCACUGUGACCUUUGUCCAGAAGACCAAUAUCCCAACAAGGACAAAGACCACUGCAUUGCCAAGAAGAUCCACUUCCUUUCCUAUGAAGAUACCCUGGGAUACACUUUAGCAUCUCUUACUCUUUCUCUCUCUUUGAUCGCAUUGGGAGUCCUAGCAAUUUUCCAUAAGCAUCGUGACACACCGAUCGUCAAGGCCAACAACCAUGAUCUCACCUACCUCCUCCUGGUCUCCCUCCUGCUCUGCUUCCUCUGCUCAUUCCUUUUCAUUGGUCAACCGAGGAAGCUCACCUGUCUCUUCCGACAAACUGCCUUUGCCAUUCUCUUUUCUCUUGCAGUUUCCUCUGUCUUGGCAAAGACUGUCAUGGUGGUUCUAGCUUUUAUGGCUACCAAGCCAGGGAACAAGGCAAGGAAAUUCUUAGGAAAAUCACUGACCAAUUGCAUUGUUGUAUCCUGUCCUCUUUUCCAAGUAGUUCUUUGUGCCAUCUGGUUGAUAACCUCUCCCCCGUCUCCUAACUUGGAUUUCCACUCCUUGAUAGGAGAGACAAUCUUGGAAUGUAAUGAAGGCUCAGCUUCCAUGUUUUACACUGUCCUGGCCUACCUGGGGUUUCUGGCCCUCGUGAGUUUUAUCAUGGCCUUUUUGGCUAGGAAAUUGCCUGAUAGUUUUAAUGAAGCCAAGUUCAUUACUUUUAGCAUGCUGGUCUUUUGCAGCGUUUGGAUCUCCUUCCUCCCCACCUACCUGAGCACUAAAGGGAAGUCCAUGGUGGCCGUGGAGAUCUUCUCCAUCUUGGCCUCUGGGGCUGGUCUCUUGGCUUGCAUCUUUUUCCCCAAAUGCUACAUUAUUCUACUGAGGCCCCAUCUUAAUUGUAAAGAAAAUAUGAUAAGAAACAAAAAUCUCUGAUUCAUGCCGGGUUGGGAAACAUAUUUAUCUUUGAGGCAUGUUUAGUAUCUCAUGAUAUUUCUAAAACAUGACAGAGAAGAAGAAACAGAUCCAUUUAAUAAUGCCUUACUCAAGUGCUAUAACUGGUCAUAGUAGGAGUGAAUUGGUUGAGUUGGGUAGAUGUGCAAAUUGAAUGAAUGAAUAAAUAAAUAGAUAAAUAAAUAAAUAUUCCCAUU